AGCCUCAAACCCGGAGUCCAGGUCACCUCCGUCGGAAAAUUAAAAGAUAAUAAAAGGAGAAGCGAGCGAUGGGAUAAUAAAGCGUGGCCUAGAGCUUGGCCGUCCGCGCGCACUCUCCUCAGUGGCCGAGCCCGAAGGAAAUGCUAGCGAACGCCACGCCUCCUACCCUCCUCCAUUGCCAUGGCGGUGGACCUCCUCCUCCUCUUCUUCUGCGAGGUGGAACAAGAGACAGCAGCAGAAGCCUCUUCUUCGCCCCCGCCGCCUCCUCCUCCUCCUCUUCGUGUCUUUCGCCGGGUGGACGAGGCGGUGUGCCUCUCUUCUUCCGUUCCCUUCCUUGUUUCCCGUUUGAAUCGCUGCCGAGGCUGAGGGCAACGCAGCACAGGCCUCCUCCUCCUUGCAGCAGCACCUCCGCAGAGCAGUCGGAAGAGAGGGGCUACGAGGGCACCGCCACUUCCACCCUGUACAAGUACUCCGUCAAUAUCCCCUUCGGCAACCGCCAUAUCUUGGUGGAGACAGGCCACAUUGGGAGGCAAGCUAGCGCUUCUGUGACAGUAACCGAUGGGGAAACCGUAAGCAGUCUCUUUUAACUGCUUGAAUAGUGACUUGUCUUCCUAGUUCACCACUCUUGAAAUGGUUUUGUGAUGUGAUAAAAUUGCGAGCUUAUGCCUUUACAAACAAAAGGGUUAGAAACUGUUUGACCUUUGUACAAACCUGAAAGGUGAGAGUCAUUACCAAGAACAUCGUAGCUCCGUGCACAAAGGAAGAUGCUGUGUAUAUUGAUUGAUUUAUGAUGAUCUAGCUGAGGGCCUGAUGGCAUUGCACGUGACCUUUGUUGUUGAUAUUCGUGACCAAGAAAAUAUUAGUUCAGCAUUGGUGAAAUUAUUCAUGGAUUCCAUGUCAGAUGUUGCAUAAAGUAGGUCAGAGAUGGUUUGCUGGAUGAUGACAAUAGUUUGUAUGGAGUGGCAAGUUAGAGGAAAAAAAUGUUGACUCUUUCUCAUUAUAUACAUUUGAUCAUAUGCUUUUGGCUUGUG